UAGGGAAGAGGCUAGAUCCGAGAGCCGGAUCCCCGAGUACGGGCAGUAGCAGCGGGGAAGGCUGGCGGUGGUCUGGCGCCAUGCCACACACGCAGCGGGCUCCGCCGGGCACAUAGUGCGGGGCGACGGGAGCUCCUAACUGGCGUUCACAGUGCAUUUAUUUAUUUAUUUGAUGUCAAGUGCCUUCUGCUUACUCAAAUUUGCUUUUUUAAAACAAUUAUUUCUCGUCACACGCCCGCUCUCCCCAACGAUGCCGCGAGGAUUCCUGGUGAAGAGGAGCCGGAGAUCCACGCCCAUCUCCUAUCGCAUCCGCUGCCACGAUGCCGCCGAGCCGCCGGUACAGCAGCCGCCGGCGGACCCUCCUCUGCCCCAGGGGGUGGGGGGAGGAGCCGCCCCGGAGCCGGGUGGAGCGCAGGUGUUUGGCCGGCUGGAGCCGGGCUGUCCCGGGCAACCGCUGUCCAGCCCGGCUCGACCCGUCAGCAGAGAACGCAUGUACGGCCAGCGGACAGUGAGCCUGGGCUCCCCGGUUACCGCCGAGUCGUUUCCAGGGCCGGCGGCCACUUUCAACGCCCUGGACCGCAUGUUGCUGUUGGCGGCCCCGGGCGGCGCCGAGUUGGGCUGCAGCGGCGGUGGAGGAGGAGGUGAUGGAGGUGGAGGCGGCGGCUCCUCCUCGCCGUCUCCCCGGGCAGGGGGCGCCACCAAAGCGGCCGAGCGCAGGAACAAGCCACCAAUGGGAGCGGGAGCAGCGGCCCGCCGGGCCAAGGCGGCGAGGAAGCUGGCCUUUGAAGACGAGGUGACGACCUCGCCGGUGCUGGGGCUACGGAUCAAAGAGGCGCCACCCGAGGGCGAGGGCAAGGCGGGCCGCAUGGGUGCGGGCCCUGGCCAAGGACUGGGACCUGGCCGCCCUCUCGGCGAAUUCAUCUGCCAGCUCUGCAAGGAGGAGUACGCCGACCCGUUCGCACUGGCCCAGCACAAGUGCUCUCGCAUCGUGCGGGUCGACUACCGCUGCCCCGAGUGUGACAAGGUCUUCAGCUGCCCGGCUAACCUGGCGUCGCACCGCCGUUGGCACAAGCCCCGACCCCCGCACCAGCCCAAAGCAGACGUCGGAGCGGAACCCCGGUCUGGGCCCGGGCCCGAAGCCGAGCGGGACAGCCCCGAGCCUAGCUCGGCGCUCGCCGAUUGCGGCUCCGAAGACGGCGGCCACUGUGAAUGCUGCCGCUGCGGCAAGAGAUUCAAGCGCCAGGCUUACCUGAGGAAGCACCUGCUGGCUCACCGAGCCGAGCCGCCGCCACCCCCCGACAAGCUGCCGCCGGGCCCCGAGUGCCAGCUCUGCGGGGAGAACUUGGCCAGUAAGGGUGGCCAAGAACGCCACCUCCGCCUGCAUGCCACCGAGGUUUUCCCCUGCAAGUAUUGCGCGGCCACUUUCUACAGCUCGCCCGGACUCACCAGGCACAUCAACAAAUGCCACCCGUCAGAGAACAGGCAAGUAAUCUUGCUCCAGGUACCAGUGCGCCCGGCCUGUUAGUACAUGGAGAGGGGGCGACAAACCGUGCCUUUAUCAUCAUUCUCAUCAUCAGACCACUGUUUACCCAGCCCGUGCUCAAAUGAACUGGUUUCAUCGCUUCAUUCCUCCUACAACAAACCUGGUGUACCAGACGCUCAUCUCGGACCGCACCUUUAGGUCCAAAAACAAUAAACAGCUUUAAUGUAGCUUUGUGACUUGCUGGACACUUGAGACCGUCAAUUGUCUGAACAAAGCCGGUAUUAGAACAUUCCUUUAGAUUAGCCACAAAUGCCUUGGAUUGCUGACCCGGAUAUUUCAGUAAGAUGAUGUAAAUGCCUUAAUUUUUCGACGCUUUCCACGUUGUUUCCCUCCUUCGUAAAUGAUGAGUUUGUUGCAUAUAAUUUUACUGUUUUGAGUAUAUGUAUUGCUAAAUGAAUACAUUUUAUAAUUUAUUCGUUUUAUUUAUUUAUAAAAAAAACUGUGAUAUUGUAUACUUUCGUUAUCUAUUUUGACGUUCUGUGUUUGUUUUAGUAAGUUAAAUGCUUCGUUUUUAGUACUUUCAGAUCGACUUUCAUUUUCCAAACAAAUGUAAAAUGUGUUCGUUUAUUUUAUACGAUCUUAAAUGGGAUUUGGUUAUUCAGUUCUGGUACCCAUAUACAGACCCGUGUGAAGCUGACAACUGUUAAAUUAAAUGCAAUCCCUUUUCUACACAACUUAUUUUCUUAACUGUUAGCUUUUAUAUAGUGGUUCCAAAUGUACGUUCUCAAUUGUGUUUGUUACUGAAUAUUUAAAUAUAUUAAAUACGUAUAAUUA